GUUUACGUCCAUACUGUUGUUGGGCCUUUGACCCACAGCUGGCCACAUGUGCAGCCUAAUGAGACUGCAGCAUCUGAUGUUUCAGGUUUUGAGCAAAAUAGUAAUUUCUCAAACAAAAUCCUAUAAAUACAACUUGCCAGAAAUACAUCCCCAGGGCAUGAUCGCAACCAUCUCUCCUGUAAACCCAAUCCCGGUGAUGGCUGGGGGAGAUGCGCUCGUCCUCGGCGAUAAUCGAUAGACGCAUGCAGGUAGCCUUCCUCCCUACACACGCAGCAUCACCACACAUCCUUACUCCACUGUGCAGUGUCUCUUAAUUUCCUCCCCAUCACCACACAUAAGAGAAAUCGCUCGUGGGGGCCCUGUCUACUGAUCUCUAAACAUCUGGAACACCUCAUAUUUGUUUUACAAGGCAAAGGCGAACAGCCUGUGCCCGAGAUAGAGGAGUGAGACAGCAGCACCAGGACGGACCACUUGACACCUUGCUUCACGACAUCGAUAUGCAGUAGUGUGAUACCAGCUCUGCGGAGAAGGGAAGGCCAGUCCAUGGCAUCUUGAUAUUAAAACCGUGGGCUCUGCGCAUUCCUCACCGACGGCGUAGUCUUUUUUUUCUUCUGCGGAGUCGAAAGGAUUAACUUGGCCAGAUAAAAGCGGCGAGGGAGGAAAUCUGAACAAUUAUUCAAUUUGACCAGAUUCUGUUUGGUUGGAUACGUGGGAUAUCAUUGGACCUGCGAUGGACUCCAGCGCGGGGGAAUAUGGCAUGGCUCGUCUUGGAUUGUUUUUGGUUUUGAUGGGGCUGUGGAGAUUUAGCGAUGCUUGCACACCAUCCUGCACUUGCAGCACCUCAAGGAUUGUUUGUAAUGAUUCUGUUCCAGGGAUCGAGGAUUUCCCUGUCCUCACGUUAGAUGACAUGGAAAACAUCACCGAGAUAUACAUUACUAAUCAAAACAGGCUGUUUGAGAUCAAUGACAACAGUCUGAAGCUCUACGUAAACCUCAGAAACCUAACAGUGAUAAAAACAAGUCUGACAUCUAUAUCAUCAGACGCAUUUUUCAACAAUACAAGACUUCAAUAUGUAAAUCUCAGAGACAAUAACAUAUCAACGUUGUCAUGGAGAACAUUUCAGAACUUUAACACAACAUACCCGCUCCUCUUGUAUGGAAACCCUCUGGAUUGUGUUUGUGAGAACUUUUGGAUCAAACUGAGGCUAGAAGAAUCUGACAAUAAAAAGCUGAAAUGCAAAGACAACAGAGGAUUGACAACGACCUUUGACAAACUCAGUCCACCUGACUGCGUGGUUCCCGAAGUAGAGGUCACCCCAAGAACUGUGACUGAGAUGCAGGGGAGUGAUGUCAAAGCUGUUUGCAACGCCUCAGGCUCCCCUCCUCCUGAGAUCCUCUGGAACCUUGAUUUGCUCUCUACCCACCACAAGAUUGAACCCUCGGAAAUGGAGAGCAGCCUCACCUUGUCAGAUCUGUCUCCUGAUGAUAAUGGCAGGGUGAUCAUAUGCAGCGCUGAGAACAUGGUCGGUCAGAAAGAGGCCACCCUUCAGCUCAAUAUUCUCUUUGCCCCCACCAUCCAGCAGCUGCUGGGGCCAGAGCGGGACCACCACUGGUGCAUCCCCUUCAGCGUGACAGGGAACCCCAAGCCUGAGCUGCAGUGGUACCACGAGAACGUGCCUCUCCAAGAGCAGGACUACAUCCGCACCAUGAUCCACGUGUCCACCGAGAGCGAGUACCACGGCUGCCUGCAGCUGGUCAACCCUACGCAUAUCCACAAUGGCAUGUACAGGCUGGUGGCAAAGAACAAGUACGGCCAGGACGAGAAGAAGGUCUCUGCCCAGUUCAUCGACCCGCCUGACAUCGACCAUACAGCAGAAGACCCCUUUUACUACUACACUACUGACUCACCACUCCCUCCUCUGGACGACAGUGUUGCAGUUUAUGUAGUUGUGGGAAUUGCAGGAGUUGCCUUGACUGGCUGCGUUCUGAUGGUGAUAAUUCUAAAAUAUGGAAGAAACUCCAAGUUUGGUCUUAAAGGCUCCUCCUCAGUCAUCAGUAAUGACGAUGACUCUGCCAGCCCUCUUCAUCACGUCUCCAAUGGCAACAACACCCCAUCAUCCUCUGAGAUGGGUCCAGACGCAGUGAUCAUUGGGAUGACAAAGAUUCCUGUCAUUGAAAACCCACAGUACUUCCGCAACUCCGGCAGCAUGCUGAAAUCUGACACGUUUGUCCAGCACAUCAAGAGACACAACAUUGUACUGAAGCGGGAGCUGGGAGAGGGAGCCUUUGGGAAAGUGUUUCUUGCUGAGUGCUACAACCUGACACCAGACCAGGAGAAGCUCCAUGUGGCAGUCAAGACUCUGAAAGAGGCCAACGAGAGUGGCCGAGCAGACUUCUACCGAGAGGCAGAGCUUCUCACCAACCUGCAACAUGAACACAUCGUCACCUUCUACGGGGUGUGUGUAGAGAGCGACCCGCUCAUCAUGGUGUUUGAAUACAUGAAACAUGGUGACCUAAACAAGUUCCUCAGGUCCCAUGGUCCUGAUGCAGUGCUGAUGGCAGACGGUCAGCACAGUAUCCUGGUGGAGCUCACCCAGUCCCAGAUGCUGCACAUUGCCCAACAGAUUGCUGCUGGCAUGGUCUACCUGGCCUCCCAGCACUUUGUCCACAGAGACUUGGCAACCAGGAACUGCCUGGUAGGAGAAAACCUGCUGGUCAAGAUAGGGGACUUUGGCAUGUCCAGAGACGUUUACAGCACAGACUACUACAGAGUGGGUGGUCAUACAAUGCUGCCAAUCCGCUGGAUGCCCCCAGAGAGCAUCAUGUACCGGCGGUUCACCACAGAGAGUGAUGUGUGGAGCCUCGGCGUGGUGCUGUGGGAAAUCUUCACCUACGGCAAGCAGCCCUGGUACCAGCUCUCCAACAAUGAGGUGAUUGAGUGCAUCACCCAGGGCCGCGUGCUGCAGCGGCCCCGCACCUGUCCUAAAGAGGUGUAUGACCUGAUGCUGGGCUGCUGGCAGAGGGAGCCCUACAUGAGGCUGAACAUCAAGGAGAUCCACAGCAUGCUCCAGAGCCUCGCCAAGGCCUCACCCGUGUACCUGGACAUACUGGGCUGAUGCGCCGGUGUUCUUGUAUGUACUUUGCGUGCAUGUGUGUGAGCUGGUGUAUAUGGACGAGUGGUUGUCUGUUUGUCUGAACAUGAUGAGACGGAGAGGAGAGGAGGAAACAAAGGCUGUGGGACUGCGUGAGCGCCCGCGUCUGUGUACAGUACCUGGCUGUAAAUGUUCCUGUAAAUGCUAUCCUGUCCCCAUUACAUUGAGAAAAGCCUUAAAUUUUGAGUGAUUUAUGUUUUGCUUUUUCAUUUCUUCUCCAUUCGCAGACGUUCUUGAGGCAUGUUUCACAAAUGGAAACCAAAAUGCAUUUACUUUAUCCAAACCAUCAACACUCCUAUAUUUGAAAGGCAUAAAAAUAAACGAAAGCCAAUUAUCAGAAACAUUUUACUGGGUUAUUCUGCAUACAUUCAUCGCAUUCAAUACUAACUAUCCUGUAUUCCAUAUUUGCUGGGAACAAACAAAGGGAAAAUAAUGUGUCUCCAUAAUGGACAAUGUAUGGACACAACUUUGUAGAUAGAGCUUUCUCUUCUUUCAACAAUGUCACACAGAGCAACAUAUUCUGCAGUAAGAUAAAAAAAAAUGCUCAUUACAGCUUAAGUUUUUCUUUUUUAUGUCAUAGACUAUUUUAAUAUUUAUAGAAUUUAUAAAUGUUGACUCUGUUUUCAUAUCAAGCUGUUGGUUUAAAUCUGUGGUUUUUGAGUCAAACUUUUGCUUGUUUGAAUUUUAAACGCGCAUGUAUAUUAUUAUACACACGCGUUUAAAAAAUAUAGAUUCUUAUAGAUGCCUGUCUGUUAUAUAUAACUUACUGAAGUCCACUGAAGGACUGCAAAAUCAAUGUUGAGGUUGUAAAACACAAGGGCAUAGAGCAUUUUACGCCGUAUUUUUUUUUAAUAAUGUCAAAAUAAUUUGUCAUAUUUUAUGUAAAUAUCUGUUGAGGUUCUACACUAAUCACACCAGGUCAUCUAUAUUUACAAAGUGGUGUUUUAAAAGUUGUUGGAGUGCUCUACUCAUUUCAUGACCUUUUUCAUUUAAUGUAUCUAAAGCACAGAGAAUGAGGACUCAGCAGUGUUGAGCUGUGCCUGCCUGCCCC